CGUGUAGUGUCAUCGUCCCUCCUCUUUUUCUAGUCGUACUCGUCGUCGUCUUAUCAAUUCGUGAAGUACAACAUCUUUUGCUUUCCAGCUCCGAAGCCGCAACCAUGUCCAAGAUCCAGGCCGGGCCAGUCGUUGACAUCCUCGGGGAUGAAAUGACCAGAAUUAUCUGGGACAUAAUUAAAGACAAGUUGAUUCUGCCGUUCCUCGACAUCGAGUUGCACACUUACGACCUGGGCAUCGAGAACCGUGACAAGACUGAAGACAAGGUCACCGUCGAGUGCGCCAACGCAAUCAAGAAGUACAAUGUCGGCAUCAAGUGCGCCACCAUCACCCCCGACGAGAACAGAGUCAAAGAAUUCAACUUGAAGCAAAUGUGGAAGUCGCCGAACGGCACCAUUCGAAACAUUCUCGGCGGCACCGUCUUCAGGGAACCCAUCAUUUGCAAAAACAUUCCUCGACUGGUCACCUGCUGGACCAAGCCCAUCAUCAUUGGCCGCCACGCUCACGCUGACCAAUACAAAGCAACAGAACUGAUGGUGCCUGAAGCAGGAAAGGUGCAACUUGUGUUUGUGCCGAAGAGUGGUGGUCCCGGUGAGACCAAGGUGGUGCACGAAUUCGACGGCGCCGGAGUCACCCUUGCCAUGUUCAACACCGACGAGUCCAUUCGCGGAUUUGCGCACUGCUCGUUGCAGUACGCCUUGAACAGGGGCUACCCUCUUUACAUGAGCACCAAGAACACCAUUCUCAAGUUCUACGACGGCCGUUUCAAGAACAUUUUCCAGGAAAUCUACGACAACGAGUACAAGGAAAAGUACGAGGCCAAGGGCAUUUGGUACGAGCACCGUUUGAUUGACGACAUGGUUGCCUACGCCAUGAAGUCCGAGGGAGGAUUUGUCUGGGCCUGCAAAAACUACGACGGCGACGUCCAGUCGGACUCUGUAGCUCAGGGUUACGGCUCAUUGGGAAUGAUGACCUCUGUCCUGAUUUGCCCUGAUGGAAAAACCGUCGAGUCCGAGGCCGCCCAUGGAACAGUUACCCGCCAUUACAGGUUCCAUCAACAGGGCAAGGAAACCUCAACCAAUCCCAUUGCUUCCAUCUUUGCAUGGACCAGAGGGCUCCUUCACCGUGCCAAGUUGGACAACAACGCUGCUCUGAAGAAUUUUGCCGAAAAACUGGAAGAAGUGUGUGUGGAGACCAUUGAAGACGGUCAUAUGACCAAGGAUCUUGCUAUCUGCAUCAAGGGCAUGGCAGGUGUCAAGCGUGAGGACUACCUGGACACAUUCGCCUUCAUGGACAAGUUGGCCGAAAACCUGAAGAAGAAGCUGGCCUGUUGACUAGCAAAGCCCCCUCAAUCUGCGCUUGCCUCAAAAAUGUAAUAAGUUCGAAGAAACACCAAGCAAGUUAAGCUUUAAUUUUUCAAGUCUUCAGAUAAUUUGACACCAUAAGCGGUUGAUUUUUUACUCAUUUAAAAUGCGUGAUGGACAAAUUUGACGGAAUUUAAUUCGAGUGAUGCAAAAUAAUAAUUAUUCAAUGAAUUACUAAUAAAAGUCACACGAAGGGAAAAACUAGUUCAUUAUUUAAAAUUUAAUGUAGACACCUAACAACUGUUUAAAAUAAAAAAUUAAUUAUUUGUAUUUAGUUUGGAUUAAUAA